UUCUCUCUGUAUGUUUUCUUCAGCUGAUGCAGUCGGUUUGUGGCCAUUAAACUCACAGUACGGAGCGUCAGACAAAACGGGAAACGGAAAUGACGGGGUAGCAAGAGGAACCCAGUUAGCCCCUGGUCCAAACGGAGACCCUGACGGCGCUUUUCUGUUUUCGGGGACUGCAAAUUCUUACAUAGACAUUCCCAACAACGGCAAGCUGGAUGUGCGGUACUCCUACACCAUACUGGCCCACAUAUAUCCUACAGGUCAGGCCGGGCCAAUCUUCGACUACGUCGGUCAAUGGGGCUGGAAUCGGUGGGCUGUCCCCCGGUGGUCGGUACAUUUUUGGCAAACAACUCCACAGAACUUGUUCAUGAGGACGGUCAGACGAGAUGGACAUAUGUCAGAGGGGGUCAGUGCGAAUGUGCUGCAGCAGAACGCUUGGAACUACGUGGGCGGAACCUACAAUAGUGCCACAGGGGUUGCAAUCCUCUGGAACAACGGUCAAGCGGUCGCACAGGUGCAGGUCGGGGUCCCGUCUGUCGCAACUCAGAACCCGGUCCGGGUGGCGGUGAAGGACGGAGACGAUCGGUACUUCGCUGGCCGUAUGGCCUGUCUCCAGCUGUACGACUUCGCCAUGACUCAAGAACAGAUCGCCGCAGCACGGGAGACGUGUUUUCGGAGAGGUUUGUGUUUUAACUAUGCAUUUUAA